GCAGCGACCAAUGGGCACGGUGGGGGCGGGGCCAGGCGCCCGAGCCUGGUUCCCGAGGCGCGGCGGCCGCGGCUGGGGGCGGGGAGGGGGGCGCAGGACCCCAGGCGGGGGUCCCGGAGCCGGAGGGCCAAUUCCCGUCCCCCAGCAGCAUGGCAUCCUGUGCUGAACCCUCUGCCGUGGGCCCUGAGCCCACCGCACCGCCGCCUGCUGGGGUGCCACCGCUUGAGGACUUCGAAGUGCUGGAUGGGGUGGAAGACGCAGAGGGCGAGGAGGAGGAGGAGGAGGAGGACCUGAGUGAGCUGCCGCCACUUGAGGACAUGGGGCAGCCCCCACUGGAGGAGGCCGAGCAGCCUGGGGCCUUGGCCCGAGAGUUCCUGGCAGCCAUGGAGCCCGAGCCUGAGCCCGCCCCAGCCCCGGAAGAGUGGCUGGACAUCCUGGGGAAUGGGCUGUUGAGGAAGAAGACGCUGGUCCCUGGCCCACCUGGCUCAAGCCGCCCUACUAAGGGACAGGUGGUCACCGUGCAGCUGCAGACGUCACUGGAGAACGGCACGCGGGUGCAGGAGGAGCCGGAGCUGGUGUUCACCCUGGGCGACUGCGAUGUCAUCCAGGCCCUGGAUCUCAGCGUCCCGCUCAUGGACGUCGGGGAGACGGCCAUGGUCACUGCUGACUCCAAGUACUGCUAUGGCCCCCAGGGCAGCAGGAGCCCCUACAUCCCCCCGCACGCGGCCCUGUGCCUGGAGGUAACCCUGAAGAUGGCCGUGGACGGGCCUGACCUGGAGAUGCUCACCGGGCAGGAGCGCGUGGCCCUGGCCAAUCGGAAAAGGGAGUGUGGCAAUGCCCACUACCAGCGGGCCGACUUCGUGCUAGCUGCCAACUCCUAUGACCUCGCCAUCAAGGCCAUUACCUCCAGCGCCAAAGUGGACAUGACAUUCGAGGAGGAGGAGCAGCUCCUGCAGCUGAAGGUGAAGUGUCUGAACAACCUGGCGGCCUCGCAGCUGAAGCUGGACCACUACCGCGCAGCGCUGCGCUCCUGCAGCCUCGUGCUUGAGCACCAGCCGGACAACAUCAAGGCGCUCUUCCGCAAGGGCAAGGUGCUGGCCCAGCAAGGCGAGUACAGCGAGGCCAUCCCCAUCCUGAGGGCGGCCCUGAAGCUGGAACCUUCCAACAAGACGAUCCACGCAGAGCUCUCCAAGCUGGUGAAGAAGCAUGCAGCCCAGCGGAGCACGGAGACCGCCCUGUACCGGAAAAUGCUAGGCAACCCCAGCCGGCUGCCUGCCAAGUGUCCUGGCAAGGGUGCCUGGUCCAUCCCAUGGAAGUGGCUGUUUGGGGCAACAGCUGUCGCCCUGGGGGGUGUGGCUCUCUCUGUGGUCAUCGCUGCCAGGAACUGACUGCCCAAGUGGCCGCCACCUCCUCUGCACACCGUGGACCCCACCCCAUGCUCCCUAACUCCCCCAGGCUCCUUGUCUACUGCCCUAUGUAGCCUAGCCCGCUCCUCUGGGGUGGGGGCAGUGGGGAUUGGGGGUUGCGUGGCCCAGCGAGCAGGAGGGACUGAGGCCCUAUAGAAGGAAAGUGAGGCAGGGCCUGGACCCCACGUCCAGCCCAGAGGGAGGGGGCCCUCAUUCCUCCAGACCCAAUUCCCACCCCCACUCCCACCCCCCUGGGUUAGGUCUCGACACGGGCUGGCCUCAGUUUCUCCUUCCCAACAGGCCCAGGGGCAGCCCUUCCCCGACCCAAACCCUGUUCAAGUGCCGUCCCCUGCUGCCUCGCCUGCUGCCCUCUGUCCAGGCUCCCCCCGCAGUGAAAUAAAGCCUCCCACCCCGCA